AUGGAGAAACAGCCAGAGAAACCAAAACAAAGUAGUUCAUUACUGGACAUUGUUGAAUCAAAACUUAAUGAUGUGAAGGAAAGAGAGAGGCUGAGAGAAAAAAAGCAGAGUGAUAAAAAAAAGCAAGCAGAGAAAGAAGUGAUACAUAUAACAAAUGAAACAACUGAAGAUCAGUCAGAAAAAGCUGAAAUGUGUCAUUUUGACAUGGUACAGAUGGCAAAAUGUCUUAAGGAGCAAAAUGAGCGAACCGAGGCUGAGGAACCAUGUGAACAGAGUGAUAAAGAAAAGCAAGCAGAGAAAGAAGUGAUACAUAUAACAAAUGAAACAACUGAAGAUCAGUCAGAAAAAGCUGAAAUGUGUCAUUUUGACAUGGUACAGAUGGCAAAAUGUCUUGAGGAGCAAAAUGAGCAAACCGCGGCUGAGGAACCAUGUGAAGUGACCACAGAACAACAACACGUGAAGGCUGUUGAUAAAGAGGAGCAAAGAGAGCCAAAAAUUUCAGUUCCGAUGACAAAUGAGGAAGCAAAGGAAAUGAUUGAGUGUGGAAAAGCUACAGACAUUCACAAAACAAAACAACCUGACAGUGUCGAAACAGACCAUUUUCAAGAGCCACAAACUGCUGUAAUGGAAAAAGAUUUUUUGACAGAAAAACCUAAUAAGACUAAUCUCAGUGAACCAUCAAAUAAAGUCACUACUAAAGAGGAAAAUGAGGAGGUUAUGGAGAUACAGAAGCAAGAAUUGCUCAGUGGAGCAGUGUGUCCAGAUGCCAAGAAGUCACAAGAUGACACAGAUAAUGUGUUUCUGUGUAAAGCAAAAGAGAACAUGCAUUUAAAAUCAGAAAGCACUGAGAAGAGGGAAAGUAUAAACACAACACCUAAAAAGCAAGAAGAGGAGCAUGUAUAUGAAGUACCUGAUGUUAUACUCACUAGUUCUGCUGAAUACGUUUAUGAAACAGAAAGUGUUAAAGAACAACUGAAGAAACUGGACAACGUCACACUUCACAUUGCUGUUACAGGAUCAACUGGAGCAGGGAAAUCCAGCUUUAUCAAUGCAAUACGAGGUCUGAAACCUGACGACGUCAAUGCAGCUCCCACAGGAGUGACUGAGACGACAAUGACAUUAACAGUGUACGCACAUCCUACAAUGCCCAAUGUAAAAUUAUGGGAUCUGCCAGGGACUGGAAGUCCCAAAUUUAAAGCCAAAAAAUAUCUAAAGGAGGUGAAACUUGACACCUUUGACUUCUUCAUCAUCAUCUCCUCAGAGAGAUUCAAAGAAAACGACGUCAUGCUGGCUAAAGCAAUUAAAGAGAAGAAGAAGUUGUUCUACUUUCUCCGCUCGAAGAUUGACAAUGACAUUCAAGCGGAAUCUCAAAGGAAAGACUUUGAUGAGCAGAAAGUUCUCUCACAUAUUCGUGAGGACUGCCAUAGAAACCUUAAAGAUAUUGAUAACCCAAAACCAAAAAUUUUCCUGAUUUCCUCUUUUGAAUUGCACAAAUAUGAUUUUCAAACCCUCGUCGACACACUGGAGAAGCAGCUACCUGCUCACAAGAGAGAUGCUUUGAUUUUGUCCUUGCCAAUAUACUCCUCCAAGAUUCUGGAUGAGAAAAUCGAACUGUUUAUGAAGCAAACCUGGUCGGCAGCCGUCGCCUCUGGGUCCAUUGCUGUGGCUCCAGUGCCUGGUCUUUCCAUGGCUUGUGAUGCUGCCAUUUUGCUGGCUUUCUUCACCAAGUGUUACUAUGCGUUCGGUCUGAAUGAUGAAUCAAUAGAUAAGCUUUCGGUGAGAGUCAACAAUCCAUCCCUCAAAUCUGUAAGAAAGUCACCUCUAGUGAUCGCUAUUGGGCAAAAGAAACUCAGUAAUAAGGAGCUAUCAGCACUGACAAAUAGGGAAGCAGCAGUUAAAUUUGCGUGGAGCAUGGUUCCUGUUGUAGGGAGUAAAAAAACUGCAGAAAUGUCUUACUCCGCAACACUGACCCUUCUGCGAGCAGGAGUUCAGGAUCUCGCUGAUACAGCCAAAGAAGUGCUGAAAGUGGCAGGUCUGACUGAUGUCUACUGA